AUGUUCUCCGCCAUAAGGCGUCGAGGUGACAAUAGCGUGUCGACUCCGGGAGUUGACACGCGCUCGAUAUCAGAAUCGAGAAAGUUCUCCGCCUUUGUGACACACUGCUCCGCCGAAAGGCGUAGAGGUGACGACAAAGCAUCGACUCCCGGAGUCGAUGAGACAAGCUGUGUAGACGGUUGCAAACGUCCAGCACUGAAGCUUGCGUGCUGUCGUGCAGCCAGGCUGCACGAAGCAUGGCGCGAUCAAGCCGGGCUUGAUGACGCGUGCCCGCGGGUACAAGAACCCGCCGGCGAUCGCCCGCAGACUGUAAUGUCUGCCGGUGAUAUCAAGGAACAUUCGUCCGUGGCCGGGCUUGGACGAAACGCAAGUGAAUCCGGGAUUUCCAAGAAGAAGCGACGGCGCAAGAACAGGACGCUGCGCAAGUCUCGGUCCGGGACCGAUACUCUUCAUGACACAAAUGGCAACAAUGGCCGUCGAGACUCUGAACAUCUUGACGCGGACCAGUACUGGAUAUCAUCAUGA